AUGGCACUGAAAACACCCCAUGAUAUUCAUCCAAAAUAUUCAGAUCAACGAUAUAAACUCGAGCGCCGUCGCAAACUUGGUAUUUUCACCGCUAUUUUUUGGGUUAUAUCAUGGAUAAUCUUGCUUUCAUUCAUUCCACUCUUUAGACAUGUCAUGAUUAAGUCUUGUAUUAAAUUCAUACCAAAAAGCAACAUGAAUAUCGACUUCCGUUACGAAAAUGUGAUUCAAUACGGUCAUCCAGGAAAACGUUAUCCCAAUACGAUCCAAGAAGACGAUUUUGAAAAAAUCUUCAAUAAAACUAUGAUUUCUCCAUUCGGUUUUGAAGAGACAUGGGCGCCACCUUCUACAAUUUUUGUGAAUUGGCCAAUGGAAGUUAUUGACAAGCCAGUUAUUCUUGAAGACUUUACAGUUAGCGUUGAUCGUCCAGAUGCCGAUGAAUUAUAA